AUGGCGCACAGCAUGCCUAAGAAGCCGCUCUCCAUACUCAGACUAGAAACAGAGCUCAAAGACCUAAUUGUCAACAAGAAUGAAAAAGUAGCAGUGGAAUACUCAGAUGACGGGAGUGCUACAGUUUUUUAUCAUCUCAAGCUGACAGAUGGAUACUACAAAGGCCACGCGUACACAUUCUCUAUUAAUAUACCGAAUAACUAUCCAUUCAGUCCUCCUAAAGCCGUGUGCAAGAUGAAAGUACUGCACCCAUCCAUAGACGCAUUGGGAAGGGUGUGUCUAAAUAUAACCCGAGAAGACUGGAGUGUCCAGCACGGGCUGCAGAUCGUUCUCUUUGGCCUAUCAUCCAUAUUCUACGAUGUGCCAACAGAUAGCCCGCUGAACAAAGAGGCGCAUUCUUUUCUAAUGCAAGGGCCUGAGGUAUUUACAAGAAAAGCAGAGGAAGUGUACAAAAGUAACAGCAUAGCUGUAGAUAGAUGA